UGAUACAUAAUGAUAAUCGAGGCUACGUUGUUCCAGGCCUAUGUGUUAUAAAAAUGCAUUGAAUAAGAAAUCUAUUCUGUAUCUAGUCCGUGGGUGCACAUUCAUACCUUUUCGUUAACAUUUUCGUAUCUAGUUAAAAAAAAUUGUCACACUUCGCAAUAUAUUUUAUUUAUGGACAGUGACUGAAGCGCAAUAUCGGCAUUAGAGCUGAUUCAUUUAAUUGUUUACAGGAAUGAAGAUUAAAAAUAAUACGUUGUAGCAAUACGUAUCACUGACGAAAAAAAGUAUUAGUAAUUAAUUUUUAAGUAUGGGAUGUUGUUACAGUUUCUGUAAAGAAGACAGCGGUCCACAGAGUGGAGAAGUAAAUGAAAGGACACAUUUGUUAGUGGAUCCUGUUAGUAAUAACACAAAUAUACCUAGAGUACAUAGUGAUGAUUAUGUUAAUCAAUAUGCAAGUUCAGUACCCAAAAAAACAGAUGAACAAAGUGCAUUAAAUAGAAUUUUACAUGAAACAGCUGCUAAUGUGAUAGAUGUUGGAGCAUUAGAUUCGCACAAUUUAGAACAGCAUGAAUAUAUGGAUAGGUCACGUGCAUAUUCAAAACGUAUAGAAGCUGGAGGUAUUAAAGUCCCUGAUAGUACAUCUUGUCUACUUAAAGAUGUUCCUGCCCCAGAAAAAAUAUUAGCAGCAGAUCCUCUUGCAGCUGGAGAUCAUGGGCUGAUUACAGAAAUGCUCAAUAAGGCUGUGACAGCAUUAGAAGAUGUAAAUGUUGAACAUAAGGAAGAUUUAGUAGUUCCUUUCUUAUCGUGAUCUUUUGGCAUUUCCUCAGCAAGAUUAUAUCCUGCAUGAGUGAAAUCAUUGUACUAUGUGACAUUAAAAAACAUGUCUUUUCAAAAUCAAUUUUCAAUAAGUUAAUCUGAAUUUACUUCAGAUUUUACUUGAAUAUGAAUAUUGAUUAUGCAUUAUAAUAUGGUGUAUUAUAAAUGAAAGUACAGGUACUAUUUCUUAAUAACAUGUUAAAGUGGCUUGACAGUUUCUGAAUAUAUGAAAUUGUUUUAAAAUGUUAAAAAAUUAAAAUAUUUCCAAACGACCAGUUUUUAACGAAAGAGCUGAAUUUGGUAGUGCUUUUCCAUAACUUAUAUAUAAUACUGUAAAAAGUUAAAACACUGUUAUUAGUCUUCGCUAGGUGUAUAUCAAGAAACAAUAUAAAAGGGCUAUUUUGUCAUAAUUUAAUAAAUGCAAUUUACUUAUAAAUUUAUCAUUUUUCGCAUUGAAAUUGCAAAAAUUAAAUUUUAUUGAAUCAAUAAAUAAUUUUUUUUAAUUUUAUCUCAGCACUGAAAACAUUUCUAACAUAAACAUGAUAGAUAAAAUGUAGAUUCAAUAACAAUCAAUAUUCAUAAAUGACUGAAAUAUUUACAUUAUUUAUAUUAUAAAUUGUAUAUUUUAAUUAUAUUCACAUUUUGUUUUUUUAUACUAUAUAAAUUUUGUCUCCUUUCUUAUUUCAUCUUUAUUAUAUUGUUGCAAGAUGUGUUUGUAUAAUGUCUCAAGCAAUCAAAUUCCUAACUCAAAUAUAAAUUUGUGAUAUUUAUAUAAAUUAAUACUAUUAUUAAUGUUAUAUUUUCUAAUCAUUAUCACUCUUAUAUGUAUUUUCUUUCUCACAAACAAAAUUUGUUAAUUUUAUAUUUUAUUAAAUGUAUAAUAAUUGUUAUUUCACUUAUGAUUCUUUAUUCAUUUAUAUGCGUUAAAUAAAUGAUAAAUUGCAAAA